AUGAAUCCCAAACCAUUUUAUAAAGCACCAAAAGUAACAAAGGAAGAUCUAGAAAGAGAAUUUGACAAAACGAUGUGUCAUCUGAAAAGUAGCUGGGACGAGCUCACAGAUGAGUCACAAUAUAAUACAGAGGAAGAGUUGCUACACAGACGAAGAAAACAGGACACGUACAAAUCAAGGUUCUUCCCAAACUGUAGUAAAAACAAGGAGCAGACAGGCAUAAUUUUUAAGGGCACGUCUAAAAAGGUGGAUACAUAUAUCCACGAUAAUCCACCUCAUACAUGUGAUGAUAGCAGUGAUAGUGUUGGCAGGGAACUCCCCUUUGCGCACCAUAACAGGAGGAACUACAACACCAGGGGGACUAAGUUAGAAACUCCAAAAUUAACAAGAAAGAGGGGAAGAAACCUAAAUGAGAAGACAACCAUGUCAUCCACGUUCCAUGGGAAGAGUAAGAAAGAUGAUCGGCACAGUGUUAGACAAACCGCUUGUGCAAAAGUUGUAGGAGAGAUGAAACGCAAUGAGAAUAAUGGAAAAUCGUUUUGGAUUAAUAAGAACGAGAUGAUCAUUCCUCGAAGAUGCAUGGACCAAGUGAUGUCACCGUACAGUUCCAGUAAAGCGAAGCAACAGAGAGAUAUCCUCUUAACCACCCAAAUGAGUAAAUUUGCAAGAGGAAAAUUACGCUUAAGGAUACGUGGGAAAAAUAAGUUAAACAAAAUAUCGCAAGUACCUGUGGAGGAAAAACUAAAUGACGGUUUUACUCCCCCUUUAGAUGAUUUAUUCAAAGGAAUAAUGCCCAGAGGUGGGAGAGAAAAAAAAAUUAACUACAGAGAGUACACAUUGAAGAAGAGCUACAAAAAUAGGGUCAAUUAUGAACGACAUGCUGAUCAACAUAAUGAAAAACAAAAAGAAUCAAAUAAAGUUGCGGUAGGUUACGAUACAAUGUCGAAGCAAAAGAGACAAAAGGGAAAUCCUCACGUGAGAAUAUGUGUCGAUAAAGAGAGUACAAGAAACUCUGAUCCGAAAUGCACUAUCGAUUUUGUUCAAAACUGCGCAUCUGUUGACAAAAGAAUGCAAAAUUACCUAAAUGAGCAGCUUAAAUAUUAUGGAUCCAAAUUGAGAAGGGAAAACCUCGAACAAGUUUGUCUCUUCCUCCGGAAAGGGCCUCAACGGAGAGUUCCCCAUGGCCUGACCAGGAGCCACCGCAUUGAUGAAGAGGAGCACCCAAACGUGCCAGUCCGCCCGUGUCAAAAUUGCAAAAAGGAGAUAAACCUCAAAAGCUACAUAAUAGAAGGAAAUGACCAAAAAAACACCGCGACGAUGAUGACUAACGCGAGAGACGUAACCCCUGCAAUAUCGGAUAAAAUAAUGAAACAAAUGAGAGGUCGGGAAAAAGAAAAAAAUGAAGGACAAACGAAGAAUUUAGCACACAAAAAUAAACUGAUAGACGAAUUAAAAAAUUUUAAAAAAUUGCAAAAAGAGGAAAUGAACUUCUUCACAAUUUACACACAUUUAAUGAAUGAAAAAAAGAUUUUAAAAAAAAUACUAAACCAACAAAUAAGGAAUAAUAAAAAAGAUUAUUUAAAAAAAUUAAUUCAAGUAAAAAAAUAUAUUACCAAUUUUGUUACCCAUUUUGAGCAAAUUAUGGCAAAAAUACAGGCAGAAAAAAAUGGACCAUAUGCCCCAACACACGAUCAAGACAGACACCAUCAUAUUAGUUGCCUCCUAAAAUUGGUGGAGGACGUUAUAAGUAUUCUAGCUGAUCAUUUCUAUCACGUGGAAUAA